UGUCAGUGUCUUUGUGUCCCGUCCUCCAGAUCGUCUCUAUAAUUAAUAAGCACACUGAGCUGCAGGGAUUUCGUCAACACAAAGGUAAUUUUCCUGCUGAACGUCUUCUUGCCAGUUUGAUUUCCCGUCUGGUGUGUCUGAAAUCCUCUGUGACAGGAAGCUCCUCUGGUGGGCCGGGCGCCAAACGCAGCGCUGUGAGGUGUCAUGUGGAAUCAUUUCAUUACAGCGGCUGAGGGAAUUAACCCUGACGCUCAGGAUGAGGCCUGUAAUUUAGGUUUCACAGCGUUAAAGAAGAUUGCCUGUCAGGUUUGAUCCUGUGCCAGCUCUGUGCUGAACACGCUGCAGGUUUCUGUCUGACAGCACAGAGUCAGGUGAUGGUCAGGUGAGGGUCCUGAAGGACCUGAUCUCAGAGAGUCCACUGAAAACGCUACUUCAUACUUUAAGCAUGUUUUACACAGCCCAUUUCCUCUCAGUUUAAACCAACACCCUCCUCAUUAUCACGGUGGAGACUUAAAGGUGGGGUAGGCAGGAUUUUGUUAAAGAAGCUUUUUUUUUUGUGGUGUACAGUAUAUACAAAAAAGCUUUUAAUAUGAGUCAAUAGCUAUUAGUUAUUGAUGACAUUUGGCAAUAUCACGAUAUCACUGUGUUUUUUUUAUGACUGUAUAGUCAACAUUUUAAAUUUUUUCGAGCAGUCUUUCUGACUGUAAACAAAGCCAUUCUCCACCUCCCCCAACCUGAUUGGUUGUGAGGCAGACCCUGCUCCCUCCUGUUGUGAGGCAUGCUCCACAUCCUGCAAUAACAUGCACAAGCCCAAACAAAGUUAGCGUGCUACAACAGUGGACAGUAGAAACCAACCAGAAAGUACGGGAAAUUGUCUGAAUCCUCAAGCACAACCAAUAAAACAAAGUAAAUACCGGAGACUCUAGCGGAAUAACAGGCUCUUAAAAUGUAGGUAAGGUACUUUCACACCGGGACCAUUUUCGUCAUGCGAUUAUUUAGGAAGUCAAUCUUUUUUUUCAAACCCUUAUCCUGUCAAUACAAGCAUUCACAUGUUUUCCCGUCCUGAUAUAUUGCUGCAUUUAUUUUUUCGGAUCAUGGUCAAUUUUUCUGAAGUUUCGCAUACUGCGUGUCCACUUCUGACCUAUCAGAUUGCGUGUUGUUGACGUCCGAUUCACCCGUAUAUCCAACAUGGCCGACCGGCGGAUUUUUUACGUGUCGGAGAACAGAGUGUUUUUUGAUAAAAGACACAAACAUUACAAAGAUAACGACCUGAAGGACAACUUGUGGCUUGUGUGCUUUAACAGUUUACUAAACGUCUUUGUUUUAACUUUCAUCUGUGCUAAAGUAAGCUAACGGUUGUUACCAUAGUUUCAUGUGCUUAUCUUCUUGCCUCUGAUUGGUGAUAAUAUAAGGGAAAAGUCUUCCCUGGGAUGCAUCUUUUCCCCCCGGGAAAGUUGCAAAAGCGCAUCAGGCUUGAUGUGUAUAGUCAGGCCUGUCAAAAUUCACCUCCGAAUAUUUCAUAAUUUCGCGUUCUAUAUUCGCGUCGGCCCCGGUGUGUAAGGACCUGUAGACUGAACAAGAGCUAAGAAGAUGGGUCAACAAUGAUGGAGGACUCUUGGGAUCUUACGGACCCUAACCUUUCUGCUGGACAGGUAAAUCGCUCAAAGUAAGCCAAGUGUCUGUAACAAAAGUGUGUCUUGUCAAACGGGACCUGCUGCAUGCGGUAGCGCCGCUAAACUGUUUACCUCGGGUCCUGGACUAUGUCACUUUGUCCUAGUUGUAGAAGUCCUGCAAACAUUGUGUUUGCUGGUAGUCUGUUGGCAUCUACAGUAGCACCAAUGCUUUUUACUUUCACGUCGACUGGGCCCCAUUUGUAAUUAUCUGAAGUAUUUAUCUGCAUUAUAUCUGAAUUUAAAUGGAACGAUACGAGCGAGCAGGAGUGUCUGUUUUUUAUGCGGAGCUUGCUGGAGCAGAGAGGGAGGGAAGAGGAGGAGCUGAGGGGAAAACUGGUUGGUAGGGGUAGAGUUUACAUUCAAGAUUUCUCCCAAAAACAGGCACCUCCUCAGAUCCUGCCUACCCCACCUUUAAAGUUAGAUUUAUUGUGCUGAAUCAGCUAUAAUCAAGGGCUCCUGACUGUCUCUCUAUGGGUAAUAUGUAUUUAUUAUUAAGAGCUGUAAAAUGGACCAUUGUAAUCCAUUCAGCAUCAGUACUGCUGGUUUCAGCGGUAAAGGAAGAACUGUCUAUCUAAACAAGUUAUCGGCCUUUCAUGGUACUAGAUCAAUCAGACACAGUCACUCCGAUGGUUAAUCUAUUUAAGCAAACAAGAGUUGAGUUUGGACUGAGGGGUACCUGCAGGGAUUCAAACCAAGACUCCUUUAACUGUGAGGCAAUAAAUCCACUGCAUCACCAUUUUAUAGACAGAAUACAGUAUAUUUGAAUAUGAGAUCAAAACAGGGAGAGAAAUAGAACAUUGAGAAAGAAACACAGACAGUAAAAAACAUGGAUCGAUGAUAUCACCCAUUUGUUUCUAAGCAAGAGAUUUAAGGGGAUAUUUCAGCGUAAAAUUAAAUUAGGGUCAAACACACUGUAACACAGAGUUAGACACCCCUCGAGAGAUGAAUGUUGCCGACCGCUCGCUUCUCUAGUUAUACCAACUUUAGUAACAACUGUAUGAAAGCAAUACACAGCAGUUCCAGGAGCUACACGCUCAACCAAAAAGCCAAUCUAUAGCCACAAAAAAUUCUCAGAACAGCACCUAACCUCAUCAACAGUACAUGUAGGGUCCCAGCCAUAGUACUAGCCACCAAACAUCUUUUUAGCUUUGCCUGAUUUCUUUAGCAAAUAGACUAAACACAACUCAUCUACUCUCUUCCAGCAGCCGCUUGUUUGUGGGGGAGCCCUGACAAAUCGAUCACUGAGUGCAGUGGAUCAUCUUCUAGAAGUAAUAAUCAUCAUAAUAAUCAUUUUGCACUGCAGACGCGUCAUUUCUUCUUCCUCAGUGUCUCAUUCUGAUUGUAUUUCCAUGAAGCAAUAAUCAUAAACGUUCUUCCUUAAUCUGUGAAUCUCCGCUGGAGUUUGGUUGGGGUUUGUGCAUGGAAACACAGACCGCUGUGUAUUGCUAUCAUGCGGGCUUGCUUAAGUUGGUAUAACUACAGAAGCAAGCAGUCGGCAACAUACAUCUCUCGAGGGGGUGUCUAACUCUGUGUUACGGUGUGUUUGACCCUAAAUAAAAUUUACACCAGAAUAUCCCUUUAAGCAUCAGCUUCAUUUCUCAAGCUCAGAAGUUGCUGCUUGACAAAAAUGGGAAACUAAAAUUGGUACAAAAGUAUAAACAUUCACAUAUGCUAAUUUAUUUGUGUGAAGUUCUUAUUUCAGCAUUUAAACUUAAGGCUGGGUUUGGGCUGUCUUUCUAUGUGAGGUCUUCCCUCACUUUGACAGUGUGUGUUUUGUACAGUUUGUAUUCCCUAUUUUGCUGCCUUCACAGUACAGUUCAGCUCUGUACAGGUAGCAUUUUAAGGUUUCACUGACUAAUCAACAAGUCUGCUUGUCAUAUUAAGAGAUUUUUCAACUCUGUGGGCAACACGAAGGUUGAUACUGCAAGGAGAGGAGGCAGGUAAAAUGCCAAAUAUAAAUUAUCAAGUAUGCAGUUUGAGGCUAUUGUACACAUACACUGUCAUAUAAACCAAAUAGUCAGACCACAUUCAGACUGCAGCCUUUUUGAUGAAGGUCAUUUUGUGUGUUUUUGUUUUGUUCUGAUUUUUUUUGUUUGUCUGUUUUUUAAAAAAUACAAUAAUAUUAAUCUGUUCAUGCAUAAUCUGACAUGUAACCGUGGCUGUGAAGAUUACAGAAAAAAAAUCCUUUUCAUAAGAACCAAUCUUUUUAUCACCUUGUUACAGCAUGAGUACUUCGCAACCAUUUUGAAUUUUGGUUACUAGUGGCUAGUAAAAAACAAAUAUUUGUAAAAGUAGUCAUGAGCAAACUAAAGGUCCUUAUUCCGACGGGAAUAUAGACUGCAAAAUUCAAAAUAUUCAGAGGCAAAUUUUGACAUGCCUGACUAUACACAUCAAGCCCAAUGCAAUUUUGCAACUUUCCGGGGGGAAAAGACGCAUCCCGUGUGGAAGCGAGAAGACUGACACAACAGCAGACUGACUGUUUUUCAGUUCUGAUUAGACACUAGUGUUGAGAUGGCUGUCUGUCAUGAUAGCAUGUACCGAGUACUGAGUACCAGAUAAGCACAUUAAACUAUAAUCCAUAAACAUAAGGUAACAACCGAGACUUAAUGGUGCUGUGACAGUUACACGAUUGAGUUUGAGACGAGCUAAAGUUACUUAGCACAGAUGGAAGUUAAAACAAAGACGUUCAGCAAACUGUUAAAGCACACAAACCAUCAUCAUAUGAGAAAUCCAAAGCUAUGACUCUCCACAAUUUGUCCUUCACGUCGUUAUCUUUGUAAUAUUUGUGUCUUUUAUCAAAAAGCACUCUGUUCUCCGACACGUAAAAAAUCAGCCAGUCGGCCAUGUUGGAUAUACUGGUGAAUUAGACGUUGCAACAACACACAAUCUGAUUGGUCAGAAGUGGACACACAUGUGAAAUGCAUCUAUUUUAUCGCAGGACGGGAAAACGUCGCUGUUGUGAACGCUUGUAUUGACAGGAUACAGGUUCGAAAAAAAAAAUGAUGUCUGAAAUAAUCGCACGACGAAAACGGUCCUGAUGUGAAAGGACCUUAAGAUUAGAAAAUAUAAAACAGUGGUUCUCAAGUUCAGUCCUGGAGGCCCACUGUCCUGCAUGUUUUGGAUGUUUCCCUGCUCCAACACACCUGAUGCAAAUGAUCAGCUCGUUAUGAAGCUCUGCAAUGGCUUAAUAACGAGCUAAUUAAUUGAAUCAGGUGUGUUGGAGCAGGGAAACAUCCAAAACAUGCAGGACAGUGGGCCUCCAGGACUGAACUUGAGAACCACUGUUAUAAAAUACACUACAGCAAGACCAAAACAGGCCAAACAUUUGGAAACUACUUCAAGUUUCUGUUCACAAUACCUUUCAUUAAAAAAGGAUAAGUUAAAUGUAUUUUGGGAUGUAUUUAUUGCAUGACUAGACUUUGCUUUCAUUGAUAUGCACCAUUUUCCUCAAUUUACCUUUAGGUAUACAUUGAUGUUACCAGACCAUUGCUGAAUAAAUGUCAACAAAAGAAAGGGAGGGCUUAGUUUUAGGUUCAAGAAGAUUAGCAAGAGUCACAAAUUCAGUGUAAAAGUAAAAAAAAAAACAAAUCACUUUGCAUUAUUCACUUUUACUUAUUGGCUUUUGAGUGUCUGCAUACAAAAACCCCAAUAAAUCUCACCUGUGUUCAAAACUCUGAAAAACUAUCGCAGAAAUGGCUAGAAAGAAGCAACUGAGUAAAGAAACAAGAGUACAGAUUUGUACAUUGAGAAAAGAAGGGUACACAGAAAGGGAAAUUGCAAAACGCCUAAGGGUGUUUAACAAAGGAGUCCACUACACUCUGAAGAGACUUGAAGAAACUGGAAGUUAUGAUGAUAGGAAAAGGCCUGGAAGAAAGAGGGUCACUACAAAAGCAGAGGAUAAACAUAUUAUUGUCAUCAGUAAGAGAGAUCGGCGAAAGACAGCACCACAAAUAAAGGAAGAAAUCAACAUGACAAGGUCGAAACCCAUAUCUCUGACAACUGUGAAAGGCAUUUGAGAAAGGCUGGUCUGAAGGGUUGUGUAUCUGCAAAAACAAAACACUUCUUCAUCCACAGAACAAGAAAGAGAGAUAUGAGUGGGCAAAAGCUCACAAAAAUUGGACCUAUGAUGACUGGAAACAAGUCCUCUGGACGGACGAAAGCAAGUUUGAACUAUUUGGUUCCAAACGCAGAGUCUAUAUCCGCAGAAAAACUGGUGAACGUCUCAAAGGACCAUGCGUAACACCCACAAGAAAGCAAGAAGGUGGUAGUCCUAUGAUAUGGGUAUGUUUUGCAGGUGAUGGAGUAGGAGAUUUGUUUGAAGUAAAGGUUAUUAUGAAGAAGGAAUAGUACCACUCCAUCCUCCAGCACCAUGCUGCUCCAUCUAGACUCAGACUUGUGGCUCAUAAGUUUGUUUUGCAGCAAGACAAUGACCCUAAGCAUUCUGCCAAGUUCUGUUGGGGUUACUUAGACAAAAAAGAGGAGGAAGGUGUUCUUCAAAAGAUGGUUUGGCCCCCUCAGCUUCCAGACCUCUCUCCAACUGAGCUUGUGUGGGAUGAAUUGGAUCGAUCAAUCAGAAAAGGGCGUCCCACAAAUCAGCAGUCUCUUAUUGAUGAACUUAAGAAAGCUUGGAAUUCAAUCCCUGGAACAUACCUGAAAAAACUUGUGAAACAAAUGCCUGGUAUAUGCCAAGCUGUUGUUAAAGCCAGAGGAGGUUACUUUAAAGAAAGCAAAGUCUAAGCAAGAUACCUGAUAAUUAUAAAUAAUCAAAUACCUGAUAAUUAUAGUCAAAAUGUCUUCUGAUAAGUUUUUCUUUAGAUAAUUAUCAGUUUUUUGUUGUUGUUGCAAAGUAUUAUGAUCUUUUUUUUUUUUUUUUUACAAAUUUGAUCUUGCUAGCUCCAAACUUGCUCCAAACUUUUGGCCUGUAGUGUAUAUGACAGGAUCCUACCAGCAAAACAAUAAACAUAUCAAAGUGAUAAACUGGUGAAAAGCAGCUUGAACAUAACUGUUUUUAAAGAUAUUUUAAAAGGGUUGAGAGGUUGAGAAAGUGUUUCUGCAAAUGCUUUAACUAUCAUGAGCCCAUCUGAUUAUUUCUUAUCAUUGUCCAACAGUAGUGAGUUUCAAUUUCACUGUAAAUAGACAGUCACUCUGAGGCUUUACUCUGGCUUCCCUCAGCAGAAAGUGAUGUUCUUAAGAUUUUUUUCAGGCCUUUAGUUUCCUGAAAUCACAACAUUUUCAUGCAGAUCACUCAAAAUCACCUAUCAAGCUUUGUUUUAAACAAUGUUUGGUAAAUGGAGGUCAGAUCCAUAAUUUCUGGUUAUGCAUUCAAAGCAGUCAGGAAAUCUAAAAUAAUCUUAUCUUGAGUUUAUCAAAAUUAAGCAGAUCAGUGUGUAAGUAUAAAUGUUUGACCUCAGACAGAUUGUUAACCUUCAUGCAGAUAUCUAAAUAAAUCAUUUAAAGCCAUUUCCAUGAAUUGUGUUCCUCCUUUACACACUGCUAUAAAUUCAGAUUAGUUAAGUGGUAAAUGUUCUUCAGGUAAACUCCUCUAACCCCAUUAAAUAGACUUUUCUCUAAAAUCUACCAUAGGAACUCUCUGAGUGUGCUCUUACUGUACCUUUGUGAUGUCCUGGGUGGUAUCUAUUGUUCCAGGAUUUAACAAGCUCUUGCUGUUCUGUUUACUGUGUGUCAUCCAUGAUUAGGAUAAUGUUUGCUUUCUACACAAUACCAAUUAACCCUUCCUCCUCCCUCUCUGUUGGCUCCCCCUCAUCCUCCUCAUCUCCUCCUCGUCCUGCAGAGACUAAAUGUGGUGAAGCUGGCUCUGUUCCACAUCAUGUCUUCAGUCCGUGAUGAGAGGAUGGAGGUGACUCUCCUGACUGGAAUAUCAUCGGACAGAUUACAGCUCUGAAUGCAGGACGCUGCACACACACACACACACACACACACACACACACACACACACACACACACACACACACACACACACACACACACACACACACACAGAUCUGAGAGUGUUUACAUGAUGCUGGAUUAGCCUGAAUGUUAAACUGAUGUAAACACAGACACACAUGCAAUGAAUAACUUAUCCUAAAGAGGAUGAUCCUCUGCUUUACUGAAGGGCAGAGCUAAUAUGGGGUCAAAGUGUCAAAGUCAGAAGCGAAUGUUAGCGAUACAGCAGAGUCCAGACUGCAGUAACCCACAGAACCCAGAACUGUCUUACACACCUUACACACUUGUAACUUGUACUUACGGUCCUUACACACCGGGACUGACGCAAAUAUACAAUGCGAAAUUACUAAAUAUUCUGAGGUGAAUUUUGACACACCUGACUAAACACAUCAAGUGCAAUGCGAUUUUGCAACUUUCCGGGGGGAAAAGACGCAUCCCGGGUGGAAGCAAGAAGACUGACACAACAGCAGACUGUUUCUCAGUUCUGAUUAGACACUAGUGUUGAGAUGGCUGUCUGUCAAUAAACGUUUGUGAACUGAGGAGACUAAGCUUUGAAGGUGGAAUUUUUUCCCUUUCUUGCUUGAUGUACAGCUUCAGUUGUUCAACAGUCCGGGGUCUCCGUUGUCUUAUUUUACGCUUCAUAAUGCGCCACACAUUUUCAAUGGGAGACAGGUCUGGACUGCAGGCAGGCCAGUCGAGUACCCGCACUCUUUUACUACGAAGCCAUGCUGUUGUAACACGUGCAGAAUGUGGCUUGGCAUUGUCUUGCUGAAAUAAGCAGGGGCGUCCAUGAAAAAGAGGUUGCUUGGAUGGCAGCAUAUGUUGGUCCAAAACCUGUAUGUACCUUUCAGCAUUAAUGUUGCCUUCACAGAUGUGUAAGUUACCCAUGCCUUGGGCACUAAUGCACCCCCAUACCACCACAGAUGCUGGCUUUUGAACUUUGCGUCAAUAACAGUCCGGAUGGUUCUUUUCCUCUUUGGCCCGGAGGACACGACGUCCACUAUUUCCAAAAACAAUUUAAAAUGAGGACUCAUCAGACCACAGAACACUGUUCCACUUUGCAUCAGUCCAUCUUAGAUGAGCUCGGGUCCAGAGAAGCCUGCGGUGUUUCUGGAUGUUGUUGAUAAAUGGUUUUCGCUUUGCAUAGUAGAGUUUUAACUUGCACUUACAAAUGUAGCGACGAACUGUAUUUACUGACAGUGGUUUUCUGACGUGUUCCUGAGCCCAUGUGGUGAUAUCCUUUACACACUGAUGUCAGUUUUUGAUACAGUGCCGCCUGAGGGAUCAAAGGUCACGGGCAUUCAAUGUUGGUUUCUGGCCGUGCCACUUAGAUGCAGUGAUUUCUCCAGAUUCUCUGAACCUUUUGAUGAUAUUAUGGACCGUAGAUUUUGAAAUCCCUAAAUUCCUUGCAAUUGCACUUUGAGAAACGUUGUUCUUAAACUGUUCAAACCGCUGUUCGGUGAACCCCGCCCCAUCCUUGCCUGUGAAUGACUGAGAAUUUUUGUGGAAGCUGCUUUUAUACCCAAUCAUGGCACACACCUGUUCCCAAUUAGCCUGCUCACCUGUGGGAUGUUCCAAAUAGGUGUUUGAUGAGCAUUCCUCAAAUUUCUCAGUAUUUUUUGCCACCUUUCCCAACUACUUUGUCACAUGUUGCAGCCAUGAAAUUCUGAGUCAAUUAUUAUCUGCAAAAAAAAGUAAAGUUUAUGAGUUUUAACAUUAAAUAUCUUUGAUAGAUUUGCAAAUCACUAGAUUCCUUUUUUAUUUACGUUUAUCACAAUUUCCAAACCGCAAUGGAAUUGGGUUUUGUACACCAGUUUGGUUACCUACUGUUGCAUAAGUUGGUGGCUUUCAAUAAACUAAGGAAUAAGUAGAGAAUAAGAAGGAACCAUGAAAAACUUCCCUGAAUAAAAUAAAGAUACUCAGAGAAAUAUUGCUUUAUAAAAGGAGUUUAUCUGGAUGAAUUGGCAGCUCAAGGCUGAAUCACACACUGAAUUCUACCACCACUCACACAUAUCCUUAUAUUAAGAACUACUUUAAGUGGGCCAGUUCUUCUGAUCCUGUCCUAACUUAAUAGACAAACCCCAACCCCCGUAGAGUACUGUGAUCCCAACACAGAGAUUCAAAUAACACAGGCAGUGAAGGUGACAAGAAAAUAUAAUGAAGAUCUAUCAGUGUAUAAGCAUUCAUCUAACUCCACUAUACUGCUGCUGCUGCUCUUCCUUCACUUUUUUUCAUGUACCUCAUCCUCUUGUUCCCCUGUUCAUCUAUAGAAUCUCCUGUCAUCAUCUUUUUGCAUCACUUAGUAGCUUUCAGGCAAACAAACAAAAAAAGACACAAUACCACAGAGUUUAUGUGCACAUACCUUAGCAGAUGGUGGCCAU